AUGAGUGUCAGAUUGCACAGUAGGAGAGAAACAAAUGUGCUGCUGGAGGUGGUGUCGCAGUUGGAGAGCCUGGCGUUUGGGCCCGGCACUGCCGAGCCUCUGCCAGCCAGCGCAGGGGAUGCGCUGAGUCCCCCAAGCCCCCGGGACGGCGGUAGGGAAGACCAGGCUCUGCCGCCUCCAGCGGAAGGAGCGUGCUAUUCGCCACCGCCUGCAAUCCCCAGCAGGCCUCCUGCAGCUGUCCCCUCAUCAGACUCGGACAGUGAUACAGAUUCAGGUAGUUCAUCAACUACAUCUUCUUCGUUUUCACUUUCAUCAGUGUCUGAUGAAGAUGAUAAUUCAAAUUUGAAGGAUAACAGAUCUUACUGUAUUAAAAUAAAAGAUGAGUUGCCUAUUGAUGACCUGCCUCCUGUUGAAGACUUAACAAUCAUUCUUCCUGAUGAUAUUGAACUGAAGCUCUUUGGGACAGUUUCCAGCAUCCCUGAGCAGCUAGUAAUAAUUGAAUCACUUCUUUUUUUGUUUGUCUGA